AUGCUUCCUGUCGUGUUUCUGUCUCUAGGCUGGCUGAUGCUCCAGUUAACUGCUGGGGAACUAGACUAUGUCUCUCAUGGGCAGGGGAUGCAAUUACAGGGUGACUAUUCCCUUGCUGGACUUUUUCCUCUCCACUACACAAAUAAGCCAAGUAAUGGUUUGCCUGCUUUAGUUCCAUGUGAUCAAGGUAGACCUAACAAACAUGGAUUAUAUUUAAUGCAAGCCAUGAGAUUUGCUGUGGAAGAAAUCAACAACGGCACCAGUCAGAAACAGCUCUUACCUGGAGUAAAGCUUGGCUACCAGAUGUAUGACAUCUGUUCUAUCCCAGCCAGUGUCUUGGCUACACUGGAUCUGCUGCAGUUGCAGCAGUACCAGAACUCCUAUAUGUCUGCAGCUGAGGGAACCAUGCUCCUAAACGCCAGCAAAAUCGAAAAUGCAAUAGGUGUGAUUGGGCCAGACAGCAGCAGCAAUACUUUUACCCCCGCUGCUUUACUUGGUGCAUAUCUUAUACCACAGAUCUCCUAUGAAGCAUCAAAUGAAAUGCUGAGCAACAAGAUUCUCUACCCAUCUUUCUUCCGCACGAUCCCCAGUGACAAAAACCAGGUAGCAGCUAUGAUCCAGCUCCUGGUUCGAUUCAACUGGACCUGGAUUGCUCUUUUAGGCAGUGACAACGAUUACGGACUGCAGGGCAUGCAGAGCUUGUCAGAGCAAGCACCACAAUAUGGCAUCUGCAUCUCCUACCAAGGAGUCAUCCCCACGGCCAGUGCUGACACAGUCCAGACCAUGAGGAACAUGGUGGAGAGCAUACUGACAACCAAAGUGAACACCAUUGUGGUGUUCUCCAGCAAGACAAAAUUCCACGACUUUCUGCCUUUUGUUCUGGAGAGUAACAUAACCAAUAAGGUGUGGAUUGGGACCGAGGACUGGUCACCAGCUACUUUAAUAUCAGGAAUUCCUGGAAUCCAAACAAUUGGCACUGUGAUAGGAAUUUCUGUCAAAGAUGCAGUCAUCUCCGGUUUUCAGGCAUUCCUGAAAAAGGUGGUUGAUGCUUCGAUGCAGUACAUCAAAGAAGACUUGAAUGAUACUAUAAGCAGUGAAAAUGGCUGUCUACAGAGUACAGACUUGUACACCCUUGUCAAUAAGAAUUAUUUAAUGGAUGACUAUGACAGCGCCUCUUCCUUCAAUGUGUAUAAGGCGGUGUAUGCCAUGGCUUAUGCUCUGCAUCAAGCACUUGGUUGUGAUGCUGGAGAAUGCAGUAAAAGAAGCGUAAAUUCUCAAGAGCUGCUGCCUUUGCUCAAGCAGGUGAACUUUUCUCUGGGCAGCUCCUCUGUUUACUUUGAUAUGAAUGGAGACCCACCCACAGGGUAUGAUAUUGUUACCUGGAUUUGGAGGGGACCAAAGUGGUCUCUCAGGGUGGUGGGCUCUUUCAUGCCGGACCCCAUUACACUCACAGUGGAUGCUGAUCAGAUUGAGUGGCAAGGCAAAGGAGAUUCACGAUCAGUGCCGUUGUCUGUCUGCUCUCCUCCCUGCCCGAAAGGUUACAAGAAGCUGCUGACAGGACAGCAUGUGUGCUGCUUUGACUGCCAGGCCUGUCCGUCUGCCACCUUCUUCAAUAAAAGUGAACCAACAGUGUGCCAGUCAUGCCAACCAGAACAGUGGGCUCCCCCAAAAAGUGAGCAGUGUCUGAGCAGGGCUGUUCUGCUGCUGGCCUGGGACAAUCCCCUCUCCAUUGCUCUGCUCUUCUUUUUGGCCUGCUGCCUUCUCUUGACCUCCAGCACUGCAAUAAUCCUGCUGCUCAACCUGAAUACACCCGUGGCCAAGUCUGCCGGAGGCCGCACCUGCCUUCUGAUGCUGGCAGCCCUAACUGUAGCUGCCUUGAGCACUUUGUGCCAUUUUGGUUAUCCAUCUCCACUGGCCUGCAUCUUCAAACAGUCCCUAUUCACUGUCAGCUUCUCUGUGUGCCUGGCCUGCAUCACUAUGCGCUCCCUUCAGGUUGUCUGCAUUUUUAAAUUUGCAUCCAAGCUGCCACCAGCCUAUGACAAGUGGGUCAAAAAAAGUGGGCCAGAGAUCACAAUUGCUUUGGUAUCUGUCGCCAUCCUGCUCAUUUCUGUGCUCCGCAUAUCCCUCGACACUCCACAGCCUUCCCAAGAUCUUGAUUUCUACUCAGACAAAAUUGUGUUAGAGUGCAGCAAAACCAUUUCUGUUGGCUCAGGCAUUGAGCUUGCAUGUGUUUCACUGCUCAGCUUCCUUUGCUUCUUAUUCAGCUACAUGGGCAAAGAUUUGCCUGCCAACUAUAACGAGGCUAAGUGUGUCACCUUCAGCCUCAUGGUGUACAUGAUCUCCUGGAUAAGCUUCUUCACCCUGUACCUGAUAAACAGAGAAACAAUCACCAUGGCUGCACAGGUGUUUGCUACACUCUUCAGUAUUCUGGCCUUCAUUGGAGGAUAUUUCCUUCCCAAAAUGUAUAUAAUUGUAUUGAGGCCACAAAUGAACACUACUGCACAUUUCCAGAACUGCAUUCAAAUGUAUACCAUGAACAAACAAUAAGUUGUGUAAUGGUUUGAUUAUAUAUGACCAAGCCCUUAAAGUUAUAGCUUAUGUUCAUCUUUGAAUUUAUUUGAUUUUAAAAUGUUU